AUGGCGACCACGCAAACUGUCGUCCUGGCCGAGCGCCCCAAAGCCGACGUCCAACCUGGGAAGACAUUCCAAAUGCAACCCCAGAAGAAACUUAACAGAGACGACCUCAAGGAAGGCCAAGCCUUGGUCGAGAUCAUCUAUCUGUCUCUUGACCCUGCCAUGCGAGGCUGGCUCAACGAUACCCGCUCCUACGUGCCCCCCGUCCCCAUUGGCGGCGUUAUGCGCGGCGCGGUUAUUGCGAGAGUUGUUGCGUCCAAAUCCAGCAAAUAUGAAGUUGGAUGUCAUGUUUAUGCUGCCUGUGGGUGGAGAGAGCAGGCGGUGGUGGAGGACAAGGAUGGGGAUGUGCAGAGGUUGGAUGUGCCCAAGGGUGGGAGGUUGACUGAUGCUUUGGGUGUCCUGGGAAUCACAGGCUUAACAGCCUACUUCGGUCUCAUCGAUGUCGGUAAAGUCAAAAGCGGCGAUUUCGUCGUCGUCUCCGGCGCUGCGGGCGCAACAGGAAGCGUGGUCUGCCAGAUCGCCAAGCUCAAAGGCGCGACCGUGCUGGGUCUGGCUGGUAGUGAUGAUAAAGUCGAGUGGUUGAGGGACUUGGGCUGUGAUGAUGCCCUCAACUACAAGGACGCGGAUUUCGCCACCAAAUUUCGAACCAGCACCAAGGGUUUCAUCGAUGUCUUCUUCGACAACGUCGGCGGUGAUAUUCUUGACUUGGCGCUCUCGAGAGCAAAGCCCCAUUCCAGAUUCGUGAUCUGUGGCGCCAUCAGUCAGUACAACAGCACUGAGCCGAAGGGGCCGAAGAAUUAUCUGAUGAUCAUAUCCAUGCGGAUUCGCAUGGAGGGAUUUAUUGUACUUGAUUAUAAGGAUCAGUAUCCAGCUGCGCGACAAGAGCUCUCCAACUGGCUCGCUGAAGGCAAGAUUCAAAGGAAGGAGACGAUUGUGAAGGGAGGGUUGGGAGUGGCUGAGAGGGCAUUAUUGGGGUUAUAUGAGGGGACGAAUACGGGGAAAUUGCUUGUCGAGGUUCAAAGUGAGGCGGGGGGGAGCAAGUUGUGA